UACAACAAAUAAUGAAAAAAUAUUAACAAAUUUACCUCAAACUUCAUUGCAAUCGAAAUUAUCUGCUUCAACUAAACUAUUGACUAAUUCUUCUCGAGUUUUGUUGCAAUCAAAAUUACCUACUUUAAACACCUUAACUAUGUCAUUACAAUUACCUAUAUUAGCAAAAGCAAUCACAUUGUCUCAAACAGCACAAUUAACCACAUCAACACAAUCGACAAAUUUAAACAACUUAUUGCAGUCCAUUUCUUUAACUAAAAAAGAAAAGCUGAUGCAGCAACUUCUGACCUUCCCAUGA